AUGUCAGAAUACAUCAAGAAAGAACCCACCAAGGAGACAACAGACUGGCGCGUUGUCGGUGUCGGUCAAUGGGUCCCCAACGACAUUGACGAGAAUCUCAGGGAGUACUUCCGGAAUGGCAACCAGCUAGAACGAGCGCCCAGCAGCAAAUUCAGGGAGGAUGGACGGCACCAGAUAGGGUGUGAUUUUGCAGACCGGCAGCAGCAGCAGCAGGAUGCUCGGGGUAGUCAAUGGAACGCUUACAGCGAAAAGCUGACACGCCGCUCGAGGCAGACACACGACAGUGUCAGCGGCGAGCCAAUUCCCAUCGCAAGUCAGAAAACAAAACGCCCACGGAGGAGACCCACACACCACUGCGAGGUGCCGUCGCAAGGCUCCCCGAAGGGAUUUGCUUCAAGGCAGAAAAGAAAGGAAUGGGCUCGUCAGCAUUCAUACACAGGAACGGGAUUUCCCGCGACUCACUAG